AUGUAUUAUUGUGAUACUACUAUUCUUGUUCGUCUUAUUGUUAGAAAUGUUUCAAAACCGAAAAUUUAUUGAGCGCACAGUUUAAUGAACUUGAAAAUGUAUAAAACCAGAAGUAUCACAAAUCGUAAAAUCCAGUUGUGAUCGAAUAAGGUUAAUCUUUAAUUAAUUUUUUUUACUUAUCGCAUUAAUCUCUGACAGUAAAAGCCAAGCUUUGAGUACAAAUUUAUGUUAAAUAAGAACCGCAAUUAAUUUUUUUUGCUAAUAUUCUGCAUUUCCAUAAGCAUAUCAAGGUUAUAGAAUAAAGAAUGUUACGAUAUUUUGCAUUAGUAAAAAGUUUGCAAGGAUGCGUUUGAAGUUGCUGACUUCAAUAUUGUAAAUUUGAGGCUAGACGUUUCCUUCAAAGUUAAAUUUCAGCGUAACCGUUCCAAUUAGUUUCUUCUUCUUAAUUACAAUAAAUCGAAACGAAUAACGCAAGCGAAAUGUAAUUUAAAGAGAGACCGAAGGGAUAAAUAAUUCUUAAAAUUCCCAUCUUCGCUUAAGUAUUGCAUCAUGUCUUUCGAAGAUACUUUGAUUGAAGAGGAUGGCUUUGGAUUUGUGCCAAGGUCACCUGGUACUACAUUGGAGAAAUCACGCGAGAUUGUCAGAAGGUAUUGCAAAAUUGUCAUUAAUUAUAUAUAAAAGCUGCAAUUUCAAUCGUUGUAUUUGGAACAUUUGAUAACUAUCAUUGAGGCGAAAGUUAGUGCUUCAUUAAAUUUAAAGUUGACAUAAAUGAGCAAAAAUCAAUUAUAUAUUAGAAAACUGUUUCUAUUUAAUUAAUGUGUUGUACUUCUAUGAAUAUUUUAUAUGGAUAGAUAUACUCUGACGAAUAAACACAAAGCUAUCGUUCGCUUGAUAUCCUGGGGUGCUAGUAUUCAAUCAAUCAAAGUUCCCAAUCGAGAUGGUAAACUAGCCGAUGUUGUUUUAGGAUUUGAUGAUAUGGAUGGAUAUUUGAAGAACAGAUAUAUGGGAAGCAUCAUUGGCCGCGUUGCCAAUUGCAUUUCCGGUAGUUCGAUGCAUCUCGACAAUGUAAUUUAUCCUUUGUCGAUUAACGACGGGACUGGAAAGGAUCGUUUCAAUGGCGGUACAGUCGCGUUCGACAAUGCUAAUUGGCAGUCGCAGAUUGUGAACAAUCGAGUGGUACGAUGUAACUUAUUCCCUGAAAUAUUCUUCGACGAGGUGAUGUCGCACUUGAGCCGAAGCUACAGCCAAGGAUUUCCCGGUGAUGUAUUAGUGCAAAUUAAAUACGCUUGGACGAACGAUAACCAACUUCACAUUAACAUCCGUGCCACCAGCACAAGCUUCACUCCCGUCAAUAUUACUAAUUACUGUUUAUUCAAUCUCGCUGGACAUGGUUCAGGUUCGAAAGAGUUGAAGAAACACGUCCUCACUGUCAAUGCCGACAGUUGCAUCUUUGUGGACGUCAAAAAUAACUUGCCGACCAACAUUACAUGUCCGGUGGAUGGUACGACAUGUGAGCUACGUUUACCGGUACAGUUGAAUCAACGUCGAUUAUCUAGUAUACCGGGUGGUGGUUAUAACCAUUAUCUGUGCAUCAACAGUCCUAGCUGCUGGUGUUACCGUUUCCACGCUCGAAUUUUGCAUCCCACUUCUGGACGAUUUUUGGAAGUUUACUCGAAUCAUCCUGGAUUGCGAGUCUAUACAGGAAAUGAGUUGCCAGAUCAACGGGUUUAUCCUCCUGAUUUAGAAGAUUAUAAAUGGAGAGGUUGCGAGAAUGCUCAAAUUAAUUCUUUGAAAUCGGUAAAUUGUAUGAAGGAAAUCGCGAAGAGAAACGCAACGGAAGUUUAUGGCAAAGAAGGUGUCCCUUAUCGACGUCACGGCGGUUUUGUCUUAUCGCCACAAAAUUAUCCUACUGCUGUUAAUAUUGAACACUUUCCGUCAUGUAUAUUGUAUCCCGGGAAAAUUUAUAUGCAUGAUAUGACAUAUAAGUUUGGAGUGUUUUUUAAAGAUUAAAACAUUUUUCUGUU